AUGAACUCGAUGGCAAAUGAAGAAAUAGUUAACAAGAUGACCACAUCGAACGGUGAGCUGCUCGGUUUGGCCUUCAUGGCGUUCUUCAUCAUAACGCUGUCGUCGACAGCCCGCUAUUACUUCAAGUUCUUCUGCUUUAUCGCCUUCUCGGUGGUGUGUGCCGUCGGUCCAGUGCCACUGAUGUUGAUCCGACCGCGAGACUAUCGGAACGCACUAAUUCCGGCAUACUUAUGCAUAGGCUUUGGUAAAAUGCUUGGUGCAUCGUUUACGGUGCGCGGUAAAGAAAAUAUCCAACGAAAACACGGUGGAGUCGUGCUGAUGAAUCACCAGAGCGCACUGGACUUGAUCGUACUGGCUGAGCUUUGGCCCAUUAUGGGCCGGUCGACGGUGGUCGCGAAGAAGGAGGUACUGUACAUGUUCCCGUUCGGGUUGGCUUGCUGGCUCUGGGGGACUCUGUUUAUCGAUCGGCAGAACCGUGAUUCAGCCAAGAGCGUCAUCAACAAGGAAGCAAAGGCCAUCAACGAGAAACAGGCGAAGCUACUUUUCUUCCCAGAGGGAACGCGAGGAAACGGCGAUAAACUGCUACCGUUCAAGAAGGGCUCCUUCCACGUAGCCGUCGAAUCGCAAGCCUUUAUUCAACCGGUGGUCAUUUCCAAGUACCAUUUUCUGAAAUCCAAUGCAAAGAUUUUCGAUCGAGGACAAAACAUCAUCAAAAUUCUUCCCGAAGUGCCCUGCGCCGGGUUAACUAAGGAUGACAUUCCGGAGCUAAUGGAGCGGGUACAGAAGAUGAUGCAGCGGGAGUACGAGCUACUAUCGGAUGAGUCGCUAUCGAUUAACAACAUUAGUGAGGUGCACUAG